AUGUCUUGCUGCAGACCCUGUCCCCCACGGCCCUGCGGCCCCUGUGGCCCAACCCCCCUUGCCAGCAGCUGCAGUGAGCCCUGCCUCGCCCGCUGCGCUGACUCCACGGUGUACAUCGAGGCUUCGCCAGUGGUGGUGACCCUGCCGGGCCCCAUCCUCACCUCCUUCCCUCAGAGCACAGCCGUGGGAUCCUCUCUGUCAGCUGCUGUGGGCAGCUCCCUCAGCACCGCGGGGGUUCCCAUCUCUUCUGGGGGCUCCCUUGGCCUGGGGGGCUCAGGCCUGUGUCUGCCUUUCUCCCGCUGCGGUCAGAUCUGCUGA